GUGGUGCAGAUGAUAACCUGAUCGAAGGAGGAGAGAUGAAGUUUGUCUGUAAACCUGGAGCCAGGAACAUCACAGUGAUCUUCCAGCCUCUCCUCAGGUUCAUCAAUGAGACAGAGCAGAACAUGGGUUCACCGGGGCUGGCCAAGCAGUGCCAGCUCCGGACCUUCCUGACCUACUACAUCAACGACCUGUUCCUGCACCAGGUCAGAACAGAGAUCAACAAGGAGAUCCGGGCCGUCAGCAAGACAGCAGACCCACUGAAAGUCCUGGCUAGUGCUGAUACUAUGAAGGUCCUGGCGGUGCAGAGGCCCCUGCUGCAGAGCACAGUAGUCGUGGAGAAGUCCAUCCAGGACCUGAUGACUCUGAUGCAGGACCUGAGUGCCUACUCCAACCAGUUCCUGGAGAUGGUCUGUGACAAGCUGAAGGAGUACAAGGAGGUCUGCAACACCUCGUACAGGGGCAUAGUCCAGUGUGAGGAGAAGCUGACCAUCAGUGCGUCGUGGUCUAAGGACGAGGACAUCAGCCGACUGCUCCAGUCUCUCCCCAACUGGGCUAACAUGGCCCAGCCCAGACAGCUCCGACAGAAGAGAGAGGAUGAGGAGGACUUUACCAGGGCGGCGUUUGCCAAGGAGUCAGAGGUGCUGACGGGUAACCUGGGUGACAAGCUGAUCCCGCAGAACGAGAUCCUGCGUGACGUGAGCGACCUGAAGGCCCUGGCCAACCUGCAGGAGAGCAUGGAGUGGCUGGCCUCCAGACUCAAAGGCUUCUUCAUCAACCUGCCCCACACUGCCAGUGGAUCUCCAGGCUCGGAUCCCCAGGUGACCAAUGAGAGCGUCCGCAGUAGGGACCAGAUCCUCCAGACUCUGACUGACCUGUCCAGGGCCUUCCAGGACAUUGCUGACCGCUGUCUGCUGGUCCUCCACCUGGAGGUCAGAGUGCAUUGUUUCCACUACCUGAUUCCCCUGGCCAAGCAGGGGAACUAUGCCAUAGUGGCCAACGUGGAGAGCAUGGACUACGACCCCUUGGUGGUCAAACUCAACAAGGACAUCAGCGCCAUCGAGGAGGUGAUGGGCGCCGCGCUGCAGCAGCACAAGUUCCAGUACAUCUUUGAAGGUCUUGGCCACCUGAUCUCCUGUAUUCUGAUCAAUGGAGCCCAGUACUUUAAGAGGAUCAGUGAGUCUGGCAUCAAGAAGAUGUGUAGGAACAUCUUUGUCCUGCAGCAGAACCUCACCAACAUCACCAUGUCUAGAGAGGCCGACCUGGACUUCGCUAGGCAGUACUAUGAGAUGCUCUACAAUGCUGCAGAUGAGUUGCUCAACCUGGUGGUGGACCAGGGCGUUCGCUACACCGAGCUGGAGUACAUCCACGCCCUCAGCCUGCUGCAGAGGAGCCAGACGGGCGUGGGAGACCUGAGCACGCAGAACGUCCGGCUGCAGCGCCUCAAGGAGAUCAUCUGCGAGCAGGCAGCCUUCAAGCAGGCCACCAAGGACAAGAAGAUCACUACUGUUUGAGAGGGGGGACAUUGGGAGGCUGUCAUUGGCAAUGGUCUGUUUGUAUUACUGUCCAGUGUUUCUCAACCUCCUGUCUGGAUAAAGGGUUUAGAUUAAAGCUAGUAUUUGAGAGCUGACCUAGCAGUGUCAGCUAACCGUCUGAGGGACUGGUCAGCACCUCCACAGGGACUGGUGUUGAACUGGGUUUGUAAAAGUCCUAACUGAGUCUUCAUUAGAUCCCAUGGCAGACCGUAAAUAACCAUGUAAUAUGUUUUGGGGGUUGAGAUAAUGCUGGUAGGCUGUACAUUAAUUAGUUACUGAUUUAAGGGUUGAACUUAGUUACCAAUAUGCAUCUGUUGUUGUAACUCAUCUGUUUAUUCACUGGCAAGAAUGCAGCCAGUUCCUCAAGAAAUCACACACACACACACUCUCUCCAACUUAAAAAAAAUGACUCCCUUCAAUCAUCCCAUAUGUGGUCGGCCCUAGUCUCACCUGUGGAGAAUGGGGGAAUUUUCUGAGAGUCUGGCUUUGGGGCCUUUCUCAUCUCAUUGUCUCAUUACAUCUAACUGCUGCUCUCAAUUACAGCUCUACCUCCAGCUCUCCCUCGUGGGCCCGCUGACUGUGUCUGCAAUACCAGAUGCCAGAUUAGACUGUCUAGAUUAUCACUUCUCUCCCCCUGCUUGUGGCCAUUUUGUGGCCAUUCUUCUUCCCCAAGGACAAAGAAAGGAAUUGGUUCCCCACCUCAGCUGUGGUUCACUCUAUUUUUCUCUCACUUUUAGAAUAAUGUAGAUUGGAUAUAAUGUAGCUAUAGCCGAUUCUGAUUAUAGUCUUUGCCACUGUCCUGAAAUGUAUUGACUGUGCUGCAGCGUUGAGGUGUACAUGUGUGCUAUGGGAUGAGGGCCAAUAUAUCCAGUACAAUUUAAGUGUGUAUUUUGUCCCAACACUCAAGGUCUUGAACUUAAUAGGGAUGUAAUUGCAAAUCACUACUCCCCUUCCUACCACUACAACUGUUAAAACUUCUGCUAGAACUAUUCUAAAGUGAAUACACUUGCAAGGAGUCACAAAUCAUUCCUUCCCCUGCAUCCCCUCAGUAUAUUUAGUUAAUUAACUCAGAGGAAAAGUACUUAACAAGAGCGGGGGAGGGAGGAAAGAGAACAGGGGAGAGUUGUGGCAGUGCUGCUCACCAGAACCCAGCGGAACCAUCCAUCAUAAUGACAUGUAGGCUGGGAUCAAUAUGAGCCUUGUGGUUGCCGGAGGGAUUGCCUCGUGCCAUAGGAACAGCAUUUGUUUUACUCAGCACACUCAAGACGUACACGUACACACACACACACACAAUAAACACGUACUACAUUACACACACACUAUGGAGGUCUCUGGCUUGCAGUACUCUGCACAACUGAUGAGUUUUUUUCUGCUGAUUUGGGAACAAGGGAACACUCCAUCUGGAUUUAAAUGAUCUGGUAUAUCGGACCCCUAUACCCACAUUUUAAAUAAUGGGGCAACUCAUUGUAAAGAUCUACAAAUAUAUUUCACUUUUUUUUUACGCUUUGCUUUAUUUGUUUGUUUACUAAGACAUGUCGUUUUGCACAUCUGCAGUGUGUAAUAUGAGAGUGGUUUCAUGUCUGAGUUUUUCCACAAACAUCUGAUAAGAAUGGAGGUGAAUGAGUCCUGGUGUGAUUUAAGGAUGUAUUUGAUCCUUUCUCCAUUGUCUGUUAAAAGUCCCUUUCAGACCAACGCUUUGACUAUCAAGCCUUCACUCAAUUAAAGAAAGAUGACCUGCCAUUGUGUACACUGAUCUUGCUGAAAUAAAACCUCAAAAUUCCCCUGUG